AUGCCAUUCUGUAUGAAGAUACCACUGGCCAUUAUGUUAUGGAUAGUACCGUUACUGCUGAUCCCUUUGUGUUCUGCGAAUAGUAAAAACAGCAGCAACAAGGUGAGUUUGAUUUCUUAAAUUUCAAAGGAGCAGGACUUAAUUAGAUAUCAGUGAUUAAUCGAGAAAGUGAAUGGUCGAUGAUUGCCGGCAUGAUUUACCAGAAAAAAAGGAAUGAAUGAGGAUGGAAUCAAUGAAAGUAUGAGAAUAGUUUUUUUUUGAUAUCUAGACAUGUUUCAGGCCGCUUCACUUUAUACAUAUUAAUGGUAAAAUUCAAAAUCGAAAUGGAUAGUCCACUAGUCGAGCGCGAAUAAUGCAAAUUAACAGGAAAUGAAUAGUUGAACACCAAUAAUAUGAUUAGUAGUUGAUUUGUUGCUCAACUGAACGAAUGAUGGACUUGAUAUAUGUCAGUGAGUGAGUGAAUCUAGCAGUGAGCGUCAUGUAGCGUCAGCGGCCUAAAGUAGACUCUUUCUCGCGAGUCUUGUUUUACUGUUCUUAGCUUACACCGGCUUUUAUUUAUUUACUUAUUUAUUUAUUUAUUAUUAGUUAAAAUUUAUUGUCAAUUAUUUAUUUACUUCUUUUUCAAAUGUUAUUCAAGGAGCAAACAUACCAAGUGCAUAAAUUCCAAAUCAAAGAGAAUGAAUGAUGCAUUGAUCCUUUAUUUUUUUCAAAUUUCUUCAACAGAAUUCACAACAUGGCUGUUGUGGUUACUCGCCGUGUUUCUGCGCACCGGGGAUACCGGGCAUCCCAGGAAGCCCGGGACCCGCGGGACCAGCUGGUAUAACGGGAUCACCCGGGAAUAACGGACCCGAAGGAUCUAUGGGUCCACGAGGAGUCAAAGGCGAUGAAGGACCCCGUGGAAAACAGGGACUUCCAGGCCCCAAAGGAGGUACAGGGUCAACGGGUCCAGCAGGCAAACUCGGAAGCAAGGGUGAUGCAGGUCCCCCUGGAAGCCAAGGACCCCCUGGUCCCAAGGGACCACAAGGACCCUCGGGUCACGCUGGAAAGAAAGGUGAUACAGGUCCUCCUGGAAGUCAAGGUCCCUCAGGUCCCAAGGGGGCUCCAGGGUCUUUUGCACGUAAUUGGAAACAGUGCGUUUUCAAGGAUCUGAACGAUGGCAGGGACUCUGGAUUGGUCAAGGUAAAUGCUAAAGUUUGCCUCGGAAUAAAAAGUUUGACAGUACUUGGGUUUUAUUUAGAACGAUAGAAUUCCAUUUGAAGGUCCUGUUCGCAAAUUUGCUUGGACUAACUAGAACCAGUAGCCCGUGCUGCUCAUUUCUUUAAUAAGUUAUUUCUUCUGCUUCCAACAUGAUGGAAAAAAGAAGAAAAAUCUUGCAAACAAAUGAUAUUAUAAAGCACUGCUCAACAGUUUUAAUGUGAUUGGUAACACCAUCACAGGAUUUUGUCCACAGAUUCAAGUGUCCGUUUACCGUACCUUCAUUGAAAUCUGUCAAGUUCCAGGCGUACAAAAGUGGAGUGGUACCCUCUCAUUGUUUUUCUUUUCCUGCUCAAUUUUCUUUGCGCCUUCCGUACCAUCUGCAGGCCAGGGACAGGCAGCUACCCACCAUGUACUACAGCAUGAAAAAGUGCCAAAUUAGGGCACGCGAAUUCUGAAUUCAAUUCAAUUCAAUUCAAUUCAAUUUUUGAAGUUGAAAAGCCAACUGAUGUUUGCAUUUUUCGCUGCCGUAAAUCAUAUUGGCGGACCUCGAAGGAAACCGAAGUUUACGAAGUGAUUUGUGAUUAGUGAAUUUCGAUCAAUUUGUGUGUUUCUGUGUUUUAAGGUUCGUUGUUUGUGUUCGUAAUUAUGAUUGGCGGCAGCAAAAAACGCAGUUGGGAAGGCGGCUUUUAAAAUUCAGAGUUCGCGUGUUUUUGAAAAGCACAGAAAAAGAUGACCCUGAGAAUCUUGAAUUUGGUUGCUCUCUUUUUCAUUUCCAAUCUUUUCAACAGGAAUGUAUUUUCAAGAAGACGUCAGACAACACAGGGCUGCGUGUCUACUGGAGUGGGCACCUCCGCAUCUAUAACUGCAACAGCUGUUGUAGGCGAUGGUAUUUCACCUUUAAUGGCGCAGAGUGUUCGGCCCCAGCAGCUAUUGAUGCGACAGUCUAUAUGCAUCUCGGAGCUGGCAGCAGAAUAAACAAUUUGUACCGCCCACGUCACGUCGAAGGAGUUUGCGAUAAAAUUCACAAAGGCACUGUGCGCGUGGGAUUCUGGGUCGGCAACUGCUCAGGUUACGGUUCUGCUAAUGCGGCCACAGGCUGGAAAUCAGUGUCCCGGAUCUACGUGGAAGAAGUACCUCCCCCUCAAGUUUAA